UGUUCUCUGCAUUUCCAGAUGCCUGCGUCAGAUGAGCCCCAAGAUUCCGGUGGCCCCGAGGAAUCCAAGGGAAACCUGGAAAGUCCCAAACAGGGCAGCAGUAAAAUGAAGCUCAAGAGUCGUCUUUCAGGGGGUAUACACCGGCUAGAGUCUGUUGAAGAAUAUAAUGAGCUAAUGGUGCGAAAUGGGGACCCCCGGGCCAGGAUGUUGGAAGUCUCCCGAGAUGGCCGAAAGCACUCUCUUCCCCAGCUACUGGACUCCACUGGAGCAUCACAGGAAUACCAGAUUGUAAAGAAGUCCACGCGCUCCCUAAGCGCCACUCAGGUGGAAUCUCCUUGGAGACUCAUUCGGCCAUCGGUCAUCUCGAUCAUCGGGCUGUACAAGGAAAAAGGCAAGGGCCUUGGCUUUAGCAUUGCUGGAGGUCGAGACUGCAUUCGAGGACAGAUGGGGAUUUUUGUCAAGACCAUUUUCCCAAAUGGAUCAGCUGCAGAGGAUGGAAGACUUAAAGAAGGGGAUGAAAUCCUUGAUGUAAAUGGAAUACCAAUAAAGGGCUUGACGUUCCAAGAAGCCAUUCAUACCUUUAAGCAAAUCCGGAGUGGAUUAUUUGUCUUAACGGUACGCACAAAGUUACUGAGCCCAAGCCUCACACCCUGCUCAACACCCACACACAUGAGCAGAUCCAGCUCCCCAAACUUCAACACCAGUGGGGGCAGCUCAGCGGCAGGCUCUGAUGAAGGCAGCUCUUCAUCCCUGGGUCGGAAGGCCCCUGGGCCCAAGGACAGGAUUGUCAUGGAAGUAACACUCAACAAAGGUGGUGCAGCUGAACAAGCUGGAACAAUAGAAGCUGGAGAUGAAAUUCUUGCCAUUAAUGGGAAACCCCUGGUGGGGCUCAUGCACUUUGAUGCCUGGAAUAUUAUGAAGUCUGUCCCAGAGGGACCCGUGCAGCUGGUAAUUAGGAAGCACAGGAAUCCUUCCUACAACAGGCACCGGGAGUGA